UUAACCACUUCCCAUCUGCCCAUGUACAUAAAUGGCCGGCCGGGAGCAGUGCAGGAGCGGCUAGCCCUUUAUAAAUGUCCUCCUGCAUUCACUGCCUGUGCGCGCUCCCUGGAGAUCACAUGGUACAGGAAUCGCUGUAUGGGACCUCUGUGUGAGGUCCUGAUCAUGUGAUCACUGAUUGGCCAAUCCGUGAUCACAUGAAUAGUAGUAAGCAAGAUGUCACUUCUGACAUCAUUGCUUGCAACUUGUGAAAUCUGCGAAUGAUCACAGACAUCACAUGGUACAAGGC